GCACUGAAGAAGUGUCACUCUCAAAAUGAACAGAAUUAGCUUGCUGAAGAGAGCCCCUGCACUCAUCCUGAGAAGAGGAAUUACAACUUAUCAGAGCAAAUGUUGCAAAAAUGACAGCCUCAUCAGAGUUCAUCCAUCUGUGUCACAAGCGUUGGCAGAAAACAAACCAGUGGUUGCCCUUGAGAGCACUAUUAUCACACAUGGCAUGCCCUAUCCACACAACCUGAGCACGGCAAAGGAGGUGGAGGCUAUUGUACGUGCUGAAGGGGUCACUCCAGCCACGGUUGGAGUGAUCGAGGGCAAGGUCCACGUUGGUCUGUCGCCAGAGGAGCUUGACCACCUCGCCCGCUGCAAGAGCUCCCUGAAGGUCUCCCGCCGUGAUCUGCCAUACGUCGUCAGCAAAGGCCUGUCCGGAGGAACGACAGUGUCAGCCACUAUGAUAGCGGCACAUCGAGCUGGCAUCCCUGUGUUUGUCACAGGGGGCAUUGGAGGAGUUCACAGAGAUGGUGAAAACAGUCUGGACAUCAGUGCAGAUUUGACAGAGCUGGGCAAGACUCCCAUUGCUGUGGUCUCUGCUGGGGUCAAAUCUAUUCUGGACAUCGGUCGCACCCUUGAAUUCCUUGAGACACAGGGUGUCUGUGUGGCCACUUAUGGAAAGUCAAAGAAUUUCCCAGCGUUCUUCUCUCCACAAAGCGGAUUCACUUCCCCUUGCCAAGUCGGCAACCCUGCGGAGGCUGCAAAACUCAUUGCGAGCGCCCUGUCCCUGGGUCUUGAAAGUGGUGUCCUGUUGGCGGUGCCCAUCCCAGAGGAGCAUGCAGCUGCAGGCCAACAGAUAGAAGAAGCUAUACAGGCUGCUGUGACAGAGGCAAGUGCUAAAGGUAUCACAGGCAGAGAUGUGACGCCAUUCAUUCUUCAGAAGGUCAGUGAGCUGACUAAAGGAAAGUCCCUCCAGGCCAACAUUGCUCUCAUUCAUAACAAUGCUAGAGUUGGAAGUCAGAUAGCCUGUGCACUGUCAAAACAAAUGAAUGAGAGAAAGUUGAGAAGCAAAACUCAUCAUUCUGGAAAACACUUGUCACAAUCAGAACCAGAUAUUGUCGUCAUAGGAGGAAUAAAUGUGGAUUUUAUUGCUAAAGGAAAAACGAAAACAAUUCAUUUUGGACAGACUAACCCAGGAAGUGUCUGUCUGUCAUUUGGUGGUGUAGGAAGGAACAUUGCUGACUCUCUGAGUCGAUUAGGCCACAGACCUCUGUUCAUCUCAGCUACUGGAGCUGAUUCACACAGUGAUGCAGUGUUAAACUACUGUAAACAUAUGAACACAAGUGGUGUGGCCAGGGUGCAAGAGCAAACCACAGCUACUUACUGUGCUGUCAUCACUGAGAGUGGAGAACUGAGUCUUGGAUUGGGAGACAUGGACAUUCACCAGCAAAUCACAGAGCAGUAUGUGUCACAGUUUGAGAAGCAGCUUUCAUCAGCCACUCUUGUGUGUCUUGAUGGAAAUAUCCCUGUCUCCACCAUCGACUAUGUUUGUUGUAUUGCCAGAAAGCACAACAUCAAUGUUUGGUAUGAGCCAACGGAUUCAGAAAAGGCUUGUAAGCCCUUCCUGUCAGACGCCUGGAAGUCUCUUUCCUAUUCAUCCCCGAACCUGGCGGAGCUGUGCACCAUGAACAAAACACUGGGAAUCCCAACACCUGAAGUGACCGAGUUUCCAAGCUGUCUUGAGGAGGUGCUGAAUGUUGCCGUGGCUCUCUCGCGCCCCCUCCUGGAGCAUCUUCACUGUGUGGUGGUGACUCUGGGGGCUAAUGGUGUGUUGGUGUGUGGAGAGCAUGAUAGAGGCUCAGUCAACCUGCAGCCAAGGAAACAGAAGAGGAGAAGACAGCUUUGUGCUGUACACUACCCAGCGCUGACUGUGACCGCAGAAGAGACAAUGAAUGUAUCAGGAGCAGGAGAUAGUCUUGCUGGUGCUUUGAUGGCAGGGAUUCUCCGGCGGCAAGACACUGACAGCUGUGUUCGGAUGGGGCUCCUGGCUGCACGGCUGUCCCUGGCAUCAUCGCACCCCAUCGCCCCCACGCUCACCUUAGACUCUGUGGAUCCCAGCAAAGUCCAGAUUCAGAACUGGCCCAAACCAAGCUACAGGUGGAUAGAUUAAAAAUAUUUUCAGUCAUGGAACAUUAUUGGAGCAAUGUGUGGGGAAUUUGGUUUAUUUUGCUUUGGAUUGAUUUUUAAUAGUUGUUUCUGUAUUUUAUAAUUUUCAUCUUUAACGCUGUGUAACACCGCAAGUAAAUGAAUGUAAGAAGAUUACACAUUAUACAAAAACCAAUAAAUACGAAUUUAAUUUGAUAUUUUAGAUUGUUCUAAUUGAUAUUUUGAAAAAACACAGAAAAUAACCACUUUUUCCUAUGCUUUACUUGAACUCAUGAUUAAAAAUCCUUGUACAUAAAUGAUGUAAGAUUAUACAUUGUAUGGAACUCUGGUGUUUUGAUUCCUUAUAAUAGAGAAAAGUACAUAUAUAUAUAAUA